AUGAUUAUUAAGUGUUGCAAUGGGUCGAGGAAGAGGAAAGGGCUGAAGUUGACUGUAAUUGACCCCGAUGAUCCAGGAAGUGAUGAUGAAGAGAAAAUCCCUACUCAGAAGAGGAGAGGAAGGCCACAAAAAUCACUCAAAGAUGACAUUGACGAACAAGCAGCUGAGAUGAUCAAAGAGGAAGAUUCUGCGAAUGAAAAAAGUGGAAUUCUAAACUUGGAGAUAAAAAGUUCUGCAACGGAAAAUGGGAAGAAGAGGAAUCGGAAUACUCGGAUGAAAGAAAAGCAUGAUUCAAUUAAAGAGGAAGAUGGUAAUGGAACAAGAUCAAACACUGAUGAAUCUACUAGGUCAAAUAAUGCUUUCCAUCAUAGGCGGAAAAACAAGCCAACUGACAUUUUGGCUGCCUUUUGUGAUGGCAGAUAG